AGACGUAUCAUGUGAUCUGCUCUUGCUGGCACCCUGCUUGCUUGAGCUGCUGUGUCAAAAUAAUAAUAAUUUUGACAGGACGGUUGUUGGAAGGAGCGUUUCACUCGGCAGGAACUCUACAAGAUGCAGAACGUCAUAAACACAGUGAAAGGCACGGCUCUCGGAGUGGCUGAGUUUCUUACCCCAGUGCUGAAGGAAUCGAAAUUCAAAGAGACUGGAGUCAUCACACCAGAGGAGUUUGUAGCAGCUGGAGAUCACUUAGUUCACCACUGCCCCACAUGGAAAUGGGCCUCUGGGGAAGAAGUUAAGGUGAAGCCAUAUUUGCCCCCAGAUAAACAGUUUCUCCUGACACGCAAUGUUCCCUGUUACAAGCGCUGUAAACAGAUGGAGUAUUCAGAUGAGCUGGAAGCCAUCAUAGAGGAGGAUGAUGGAGAUGGGGGCUGGGUGGACACUUACCAUAACUCAGCAGCUGUGUUAGGAGUCACAGACGCUGUACGAGAAAUUUCACUGGACAACAAUAAGGACAAGAAUAUGAAUGCUACAUCAGCAGCAUGUUGCGAUGAUGAUGAUGACGAUGACGAUGAAGAUGGAGAAGCAGCAGAUAUGGAAGAAUACGAAGAAAGUGGCCUGUUGGAAACAGAUGAGGCAACCCUGGACACCAGUAAAAUGGUAGAAACUAAAGCCAAAGCAGAGCCUGGGAGUGAAGAUGCCAUCCUUCAGACUAGAACAUAUGACCUGUACAUUACAUAUGAUAAAUACUACCAGACCCCUCGACUCUGGCUGUUUGGAUAUGAUGAGGACAGACAACCGUUGACUGUAGAACAGAUGUAUGAGGACAUCAGCCAGGACCACGUGAAGAAGACGGUCACCAUUGAGAACCACCCGCACCUUCCUCCACCUGCCAUGUGCUCUGUCCACCCCUGCAGACAUGCUGAAGUGAUGAAAAAGAUCAUCGAGACAGUGGCAGAAGGAGGAGGAGAGCUUGGAGUGCAUAUGUAUCUUCUGAUUUUCCUCAAGUUUGUCCAGGCUGUCAUUCCCACAAUAGAAUACGACUACACAAGACACUUCACUAUGUAGCUUCAUCAGCGUAAAUCUGCCUCUACUAAUACAACAUCUGUACAUGGGCAAGAUCAGUUCUGCCUCUGCCCUGAUCUGAUUACAACUGGUUUGUGGAAUGUUUGUGUUACUCUGAGACUUUUUGCAUGGAUGCAGGACAUUGAGAAUGUUUGAGGUAUGUGACAAAACAGUCUGUUAAAGGAACAGUCUGACUUAUUGGAAAAAGGUUUGUUUUUCAUGAACUCAGAGUUCAGAGAUCUUACUUUGUGUGCGUCCAGUACAGAGAUGGAUGUGUUUAACUAACUGCUGGGAUCUAAAAAAAAAUUAUUCAACCUGUGGAAAAUAGAAAAGUAAGAACAACACAUUUUUAACUAGUUAGCUAGAUAACAGCAACAACAGUUUGAUGCUAAGCUAGGCUAACCACAUCCUGGAAAUAUCUCUAUACUAGACACAGUAAUGAAUUGGGUACCCAUCUUCUCAUCUGACUCUAAGUAACACUGCAAACAAGACCUACAUUCCAAAUGUUGGACUGUACCUCUACAGUUUCUCUACAGGUUAAACAUGGUGUCACAGUCACAAAGUUCUUGUUAAGAACUGUUGCUGCUGUUAUUAAAACUCACCCCAUUCCACACUGCUUCCCUGCUUCAAAUGUAAGAAAAUAAAUUAAAACUGGUCGUGCAAAGUUUUAGCCCCUUGACUUUAUAAGAACUAGAUUUUUCUAGGUUUUUAAAAGAGACCUGUUCUAGACUGUUCCAAAUCCACAGACUGAAAACACCAAAAGUCAUCUUUAGCUCAUGCCUUCAGUAUCAGUGACACAGAACUUAAAGAACAGAACACAGAUUUUUUUUCUGCCCACUGGGGGUCAAUGGAACAAGCUGUACAUACAACAUUGAUAUAUUAUGACACUGCAAAACUUUUCAUGGCUAACAUGUGAGAAAACAGUUGCUUUUUCACACCAAGCAGGCACAGAGCAACAUUAUUGUUCAUUUUAAGUUUUUUCAACCUGAUGAAUGUAAGUCCAUAUUCCCUCUCCUCUCCACCAACUCAUGGCUCUUUAGCUGAUAAAUGCUCCACUAUGUUCAUGCUAACUUUGUCUUUCUGAUGGGUUGUACAGUGAGAUUUUUCACUGAAAACACAGUUGAUGAAAGCACUGAGGCUGAACCAAAAUAUACACUGUGGGCUGUAAAACCACAACAACAGGCUAAAAGAAGCUAAAAAGUUGAAAAGGAACUAUGGAAUUGGAACAAGUGAUUCACAUUGCAUAUAACCAUUUAACCUCACCUCAUGCUGCACAAGUAGGUGUAAAUAAAAACUUAAGCCUCUUGUACUGUAUGUAAAAUGGUCUGUACAGUUACUGCAGAAUCUGCCCAGUGUCAGCUAUUCAUGCAUAUCAGUUUCUUGUACAAUUACAAAUAACAUUCAGAGGAAAAUACUUUAGCUCUGUAGAUUUGGGCAUCCGUACCUGAUAGCAGCAUUGAUAUAAACUUCUUGUAUUAAUUCGUAAAUAUUAACAGUAUCCUCCCCAUGCUUCACUCAGUGAUAUUUACUGUUUCCAUGCGAAUGCAAUUUGCGGCAGUCAUGGCUGAGCCUCAUUAUUCUAAAUCAGCUCUUUAUACCAGUUUGUCUUAAUACUUCAUUCUCUGAAUGUGUUGAUGGUCAGGUCCAUUCAGUCUGUGGUUGGGUCAUUACUUUUUUGUGUUUUGCUUCAGUUUCGGACUGGAACUACAUUUCACCUUGCUAACAGACAAGAUCUUUCUUUUCUUCUCAGUCAGUCUGGCUUCUUUCAAUGUGAUGUAUCACUACUUACGGUGUGUAAGGACUCUGCGUUUUCAGAACAAAAUCUUUUGUCACAAGCCUCUCGAUGUACUUCAAUAAAUCCUUGGAUGAAUUUA